GAUGACGGGACCGCCGCGGAUGACUGCCACACGGUCCUCCGGCUGACGUCGCUUGCCCUGCUCUCGCUCCGUUGCCCGCGGGUGUCUCCCCCCCCCACCCGCUCGAUCCUAAGCGGUGUUUUCGCCCGUGUUUGCUUGUUAUUUGUUAUUUUUUUGCUUUAAUAUUCCGGGGCGGCUGAAUGGAAGCAGCAGCCGAGGGAGCGGUCGGGCUGUCGGAGGCCGGGAACGGGAGCCCGACGUCCGGGGCCGCAGCAUCCGAUGAUGGGGACACGGUCGUCGGAGUCAGCUACGGGAUGGACGCCGCAGACAUGGACGCCGCAGCGAGGAAAGCCUUCAUCACAGAGAUGCCCUCGUCCUCAGGACAGCCCGGUCAGGGGAAGAAGAUUGGCCACAGAGGGGUGGAUGCAUCGGGGGAAACUACAUACAAGAAGACCACGUCCUCAGCCUUGAAAGGUGCCAUCCAGCUGGGCAUCGGUUACACGGUGGGGAACCUGAGCUCCAAGCCGGAGAGGGACGUGUUGAUGCAGGACUUCUACGUGGUGGAGAGCAUCUUCUUCCCCAGUGAAGGCAGCAACCUCACUCCGGCCCACCACUUCCCCGACUUCCGCUUUAAAACCUACGCUCCCGUGGCCUUCCGCUACUUCAGAGAACUCUUCGGCAUCAGGCCGGAUGACUACCUGUACUCCCUCUGCAACGAGCCUCUGAUCGAGCUCUCCAACCCCGGAGCCAGCGGCUCCGUCUUCUAUCUCACGAGGGACGACGAGUUCAUCGUCAAGACGGUGAUGCACAAGGAGGCCGAAUUCUUACAGAAACUGCUGCCCGGGUACUACAUGAACCUGAAUCAGAACCCUCGCACCCUGCUGCCCAAGUUCUUCGGCCUCUACUGCGUGCAGUCGGGCGGGAAGAACAUCCGCGUGGUGGUGAUGAACAACGUCCUCCCCCGCGUGGUCCGCAUGCACCUCAAAUACGACCUGAAGGGCUCCACCUACAAGAGGAGAGCCUCCAAGAAGGAGAGGGAGAAGGCCCGGCCCACGUUCAAAGACCUGGACUUCAUGCAGGACCUGCAGGACGGACUGCUGCUGGACCAGGACACCUACAGCGCGCUGGUCAAGACCCUGCAGAGAGACUGUCUGGUGCUGGAGAGCUUCAAGAUCAUGGACUACAGCCUGCUGCUCGGGGUGCACAACAUGGACCAGGCGGAGAGGGACAGGCAGCUGGAGGGCACGCAGGGCGACAGCGACGAGAAGAGGCCCGUGGCCCAGCAGAAGGCCCUGUACUCCACCGCCAUGGAGUCCAUCCAGGGGGGGGCCGCCUGCGGGGGCUCCAUCGACACCGACGACACGAUGGGCGGCAUCCCGGCUGUUAACGGGAAAGGGGAGCGGCUUCUUCUCUACAUCGGACUCAUCGACAUCCUGCAGUCCUACAGGCUGAUCAAGAAACUGGAGCACACGUGGAAAGCUCUGGUUCACGAUGGGGACACCGUAUCGGUCCACCGGCCGGGCUUCUACGCCGACAGGUUCUUCAAGUUCAUGAGCAGCGUGGUGUUCAAGAAGAGCUCCUCUCUGAAGUCGUCUCCGUCCAAGAAGGGCCGCGUGUCGUUGUCGGUGCCCAAGUGCUCCGGCCCCGGCGCGGCCUGGUCCGCCAGCCAGCUGCCCUCCGAGAGAGACGAGAACAUCUACGACCUGCGGGGGGCGCGCAGCUUCCCCACGCUGGAGGACGAGGGGCGAGCGGAUCUUCUUCCGUGCACCCCUCCGUCGUUUGAAGAGGCCACCACGGCGUCGAUCGCCACCACCCUCUCCUCCACCACCUCGCUCUCCAUCCCCGAGAGAUCCCCGUCCGACACCGCCGAGCACCCCCGCUACAGGAGACACACCCAGUCUCUCACCCACGACGGGAGGACCCAGGAGGAGCUGCGUGUCCGCGAGGAGGACCAGCAGACCAUCCGGGUGGAGGUGGAGUUGAAGAGACACGACAGCGAGCCCACCUUCUCCGUUCCACAGCCUCCACCCGAAACCAGUGAAGUUCAGGAAGGAGCCGGAGCAGAGGAGGCCGCCGCUGCAGCAACCCCCUCGGGCUCUUCGUCUGCGCCCGAAGCAGCCCCCCCCUCCUCCUCCUCCUCCUCUUCCCCCGGGGGGGCCGGCGAAGCCCCGUGCAGUCCCAAGGUGGGGGCCGCGGGGGAAGCGGACAGGGUCAGCCAGGUGUCCGGCUCGGGCUGCACCAGCCAGGCUUCAGUGGACGACGAGGACGACGUGCCAAUCACAGACAUCUACUUUCCUCAAGACGACAGCACCUGGGUGUACUCUCCGCUGCACUAUGGCUCAGAGUCUAAGGCCCCGCCAGACGGGGAUUGGGAGAGAGAGACAUAAACCCCGACCUCCGGCCCGAGAGGAGCCAGCGUCUCAGUGGAGAGGACCGGGCCCCCGGACCUCAGCGCCUGGCGGCAGGACCUCUGCCUGCCACAGGGACUUUAAACACACAGGAACUGGGGGACACU